UUUUUUUUUUUUCUUUUGGCUGGGGUUGGAACCGGGACGGCAGGGCGAAAGGACGGCUCUCUGCUGCGGGAAGUAAGCGCACAUCACGCAGCUUUUCUUUCCCGCGUUGUCCUCCAUCAGCUUUUCCCCUCUGUGGAGAUGAGGAGAUAACCAGCUUUGUGGGGUCCCACUGCGUAAAAGUUUGAAGUGCUCAGCGGUUCAGACAAAAGCAGCAGAAAAGGAAGAAGAAAAAGAAGAAGAAGAAAAUGCUGGCGUUCGAGACCGUCGUGCUCUGCCUUCUCCUCGGAGCCCUGACUCACGCCCAGAAGGCAGACUGCAACCAGAAGAGAAACUGUCCCAUACACCUGUACUUCACCAUAGACACAUCUGAGACCAUUGCGCUGCAGGAGUCGCCCCCUGGAGCGCUGGUGAAAAGCAUCCGGUUAUUCACGGACCAGUUUGUACGACGAUUGAAAGAUGAAGAACUCCGGGGCGUCGUUAAAAUCACCUGGGAGAUCGGAGGACUGCACUUCUCCCAGACUCAGGAGGUUUUCAGCCCCAUCCAAGGAAGGGACGCGUUCCUCUCCGAUCUCGUGAGAAUUGAGAGAUACCUUGGAAAAGGUACCUACAUCGACUGCGCUCUCCGAAAAAUGUCAGAGGAGAUGCUGCGUGGACCCCCUCCAACAACCACACCCCUCCGGUUCGCCGUGGUCAUCACUGACGGCCACGUGACCGGAAACCCAUGUGGGGGCAUCAAGGUGUCGGCGGAAGACAUGCGUGACAGGGGCAUCAAGGUGUUUGCCGUGGCGGCAUCGGCGAACACCGAGGAGACGGGACUGAAAGAGAUUGCCAACUCCCCGGCGUCGGUCUUCAGGGACGACUUCAUGGCUGUGGACCUUAGCCGGGGCAUACCUGUCAUACAUACUGCAACGAUAGACCGCAUUAUCAAGACAAUGAAACAUAUGGCAUUCAUAGAAUGUUAUAACGUGACCUGCCUGGAGAAAGACGGACCACCUGGUCCAAAAGGCCACAGAGGACAGAAAGGAGCAAAAGGAGAUAACGGUUAUGCAGGACAAAAAGGUGAAAGAGGUCGCCCAGGAGACCCCGGCAUUGAAGGUCCCAUCGGUCAGCCUGGUAUUAAGGGUGAUUUUGGUCCAAAAGGCGAGAAGGGAGAUAUUGGAACACAGGGCAAAAAGGGUGUGGCUGGUAUUCCAGGACGUAACGGAACCGAUGGACAAAAGGGCAAAAUUGGACGGAUUGGUGCCCCGGGUUGUAAAGGAGACCCAGGCGACAGAGGUCCCGAUGGUCAUCCAGGAGAUGUCGGCGAACGUGGUCGUCCAGGAACUGAUGGGGAGAAGGGUGACCCUGGGCGCCCAGGAAGAGCUGGUCCCCCUGGCCAGACUGGAGAUGAUGGACCAAAGGGAGAAAAAGGAAGUGAUGGAUCACCUGGCCCUCCUGGAACUAAAGGAACAUCUGGAAUCCCUGGAAAUCGGGGAGAACCGGGCGAGGAAGGAAGAAGCGGAGACUACGGGCCCAAGGGUGAACCUGGAUCAGAUGGUGCCAAGGGAGAGAAGGGUGAAAUGGGACCAGAGGGCUUGAGAGGACUCCCCGGAGGACCAGGAAGCAAAGGUGCAAAGGGAGACACUGGCUUGCCAGGACCUAGAGGACCACCAGGAUCUCCAGGGGGGCCUGGAAGAAACGGCUCCAGUGGAGACCCUGGUGAUAUGGGACCGAGAGGAGAGCCUGGGCAGCCUGGACCAAAGGGAGAUCCUGGAAGACCUGGCUUUAACUAUCCUGGAUCAAGAGGAGAUCCAGGUGAAAGAGGGGACAAGGGCAAGCCUGGACCCCCUGGCAGCAGAGGAGACUGUGGUCAAAAGGGAGACCCCGGAAAUAAAGGAACUCCAGGAGAUCCAGGUGAACCAGGGCCCCCAGGGGAACCAGGGUCAAGAGGACCAAGAGGAAAUCCUGGUCCUAAUGGAGGUCCAGGUCCAGAGGGAGAUCCCGGGCUUACUGAAUGUGAUGUCAUGAACUACAUCAGAGAGACGUGUGGCUGCUGCGACUGCGAGAAACGCUGCGGAGCCGUGGACAUCGUCUUUGUUAUCGACAGCUCAGAGUCUGUGGGACUCACCAACUUCACCUUGGAAAAGAACUUCGUCAUCAACACCAUCAACAGACUGGGAACCUUUGCCAAAGACCCGCAGUCUGAAACAGGCACAAGGGUUGGUGUGGUGCAGUACAGCCACAACGGGACCUUCCAAGCAAUCCAUCUCAACGACAGCAAAAUCAACUCUUUGACGGCGUUUAAGGAAGCUGUGAAGCGGUUAGAGUGGAUCGCAGGAGGAACCUGGACUCCAUCUGCUCUCAAGUUCGCCUACGACCACCUGAUCAGGGACAGCCGCCGAGCCAAGGCCAACGUCACGGUUGUCGUGAUUACGGAUGGACGCUUCGACCCGAGAGACGACGACAGACUGCUGCCGUAUCUGUGCAACCACCCGGGUGUCGAGGUGAGCGCCAUCGGUAUCGGAGACAUGUUUGAGCAGGUCGAGGAGAACGAGAGUCUGCAGAGCAUUGCCUGCCAGAAGCCAGGCAGAGUGAUGGGAAUGAGACGAUUCGCAGACCUGGUGGCAGAGGAAUUCAUCGACAAGAUUGAGACCGUGCUCUGCCCUGAUCCUGCCAUCAUAUGCCCUGAACUUCCAUGUAAAUCAGAGCCAGCUGUGGCUGGUUGUAUGCAGAGGCCGGUGGAUGUGAUCUUCAUGUUGGACGGUUCGGAGAGGAUGGGCGUGGAGAACCACCGCCGGGCCAAGGAGUUCAUCGAGAACGUGGCCCGCCGCCUGACCCUGGCCGACGGCCCGAACGACGACACCAGGGCCCGUCUGGCUCUGCUGCAGUUCGGCAGCGCAGGAGACCACAAAGAAGAGUUCCCGCUCACGCAUAACCUCACGAUCAUCAUGAAUUCGCUGGCUGCUGUGAACUAUUUGGAUUCCUCAUCCGUUUUGGGCAACGGCAUCAUCUAUGCUGUAAACAAUCUGGUGAUCAGACAGAAUCAACGGCUGUCCCGACGCAACGCUGAGGUGGCCUUUGUCUUCAUCACGGACGGAAUAACCUCCACCAACCAGCUGGGCGAGGGCGUGGACGCCAUGAAGAGAGUGGAAGGCGUUCCCACGGUGAUCGCGUUGGGAAGUGACACCGACGAAAAAGUGCUGCGCGAGGUGUCACUGGGAGACUCAUCUGCCAUCUUUAAGGGUGACGACUUCUCCGUGCUGGGCAAACCUGCUUUCUUUGAGCGCUUCAUCCGCUGGAUUUGCUAGUGAGGAACUGCAUUGCUCUGCACAAUAGAGUUAGAAGCCAUUGAGUGACAGAGGGACCAACUCCUUCAGUGUACAUGUAAAACCCACACAGAGGCACCAGAUGUAACUCUGUGGCCAUUAUCAUUCCUGAAUAAAAAGCACUGAGGUGGCUCUAUAUUGUGUUGUGUUCAGGAAGAAAAAUUUGCUUGCAGAAUUGAAAGGAGCCUAUUCAGGUCCAACUCUUAACACACUUCCAGAACCAAUGUGUCCAUUUACACGUCUUGUCAGCACUGCUACAGUAGGUAUGCCACAGGAGAAAUUUGUGAUUAUUGAGUAGUAACCAAGCACACUAUAGGUUUUACACCGUUUUGUUUUUUUUUGUUUGUUUUUGGUUUCGUUUUGUAUUUUUUGUAUUAUUUGUUCAGCUUACAGGAACAAACUCUUGUCUGUCAUUUUCUCUUUGACCCAAACUUACACACGCUACUUCUUUAAAAGUCAAGUAUUUACAUUAAUGGUGCUAUCUGGGAUGUUCUGAAAACAUUGUUUCUAAUUCACAUUGUACUAUUAUUUGUAUCAUUUAUUCUGGAGAUAAAGGAACAACAAAACAAAAAAAAAAAACUAAAUGUUGCUCUGAUGACGUUCCAGAUGAAUGCCUAGCAGAUACAGACCGAUAAACGAUAACAUCUGUCUGCAGAAAGUUCAAAUAAAGACCAAAGUGUGACCCCAA